AUGAGUGCUCCUGCUAUAAUCAUUGAUAAUGGAACCGAUACCAUCAAAGCCGGUUUUGCGCAGGAGGAUAUACCAAGUGUAGUCUUUCCAUCAAUCAUAGGGGGCGAGCCAGACUUCCCAGUGGGAUAUGUCGCCAAAGGAAGGGGCGGCAUCUUAAACCGCCCGAUACGUGGUGGAGGACGAAUUACCGACUGGACUCAGAUGGAAAAGGUGUGGCACCACAUGUACAGCGAGCUCCAAGUGUCUCCGGAUGCCCACCCUGCUAUCCUCACUCAGCCUCUCAACGAGGUAGAGUAUAGCAAGCAAAAUACUUCUAAUAGCCUUUACGACAUAUCGAAUCGAAAGAAGAUGAUGGAAGUGUUUUUCGAGACCUUCGACGUUCCGGCUUUCUACAUUUCCAGCCAGGCCAUCCUCGCCGCUUACGGUGCGGGCCGUAGUCAGGGGAUCAUCGUCGACUCGGGCCACGAGGAAACCCGCAUCGCCUGGGUCUGGCAAGGAGCUUGUCUUGGCUACGCGGCCAUCACCACACCGCUUUCUGGCACCACUGUGACAAACUCUCUUGCCAAGCUUCUCAAAGGUCAUGGCCUUCCAUCCCAUCCAGAGAUGGCUGCAGAUGUGCUGGCUGAUAUAAAAGAAAGGCUCUGCGAGGUGUCUGUGAAUAAAGACGUGCAGGGCGGUGGUGAUGAGAAGUCUUAUCAGCUGCCAGAUGGUCGGACGAUCAAGAUCGGCAGAGAGCGCUUCCUUGCCGCUGAAACUCUUUUCGACCCGAGCCUCUCUGAUUCUCCUCAGGCCAAGAGCCUUCAGGUAGCCAUCAAUGACUGUGUCCAAAAGACGGACGAUGAUCUUCGAAGAAGAUUGUACGGCCAGAUCAUCCUUACUGGUGGAAAUUCUAUGUUACCUGGAUUGGCACAGCGGCUUCAGACCGAGAUCACAUCUCUCGCGCCACCGCAGACGGCGGUUUCUGUCAUCUCACAGCCCAACCGAAAGUACUCCGUCUGGGUGGGUGGAACUCUCAUAGGUCGUAUGCCCGCCUUCUCCGAGAUUGCGGUUUCGAAAGAGCAAUACGCCGAAGUUGGCUCGUCUAUUGUUCAGCAGAGGUUUGGCGCUGGGUUCUAG